GGAUAAUGUGGGCGGGAUGAGCGUGCGCGAGCGAGUACGCGAACGCGCUCACCUCUAGGAGGGUUUUGAGAGGGAGCGUGUGUGCGCGCGCGGUGGCGGCGGCGGCGGCACCGGCAGCCGCCCCAAAGGAAGGGAAGGCAGUGGCGUGGAAAGCGAGCAGCCCCGGGUGAGGGAGACCCUGCAGCUUCGUCCUCUGAGAAAGAGUGGCACACUUACACCAGUGUGUAAAAUAACAUUGUUACAACCAAUUCCUGCUGCAGCAAACAUUUUGGAACCAAGAUUCAAAGCAACUCAUCAUUGUGCUCUGGUGAUACUUGACAACUUUACAGAGAGAUGGCCGCUAGCAAGACAAAAAACCAGAGUUCUCUGGCCCUUCACAAAGUAAUCAUGGUGGGUAGUGGUGGCGUUGGCAAGUCGGCACUUACGCUUCAGUUCAUGUAUGAUGAGUUUGUUGAAGACUAUGAACCUACAAAGGCUGAUAGUUACAGGAAAAAAGUAGUUCUGGAUGGUGAGGAAGUCCAGAUAGAUAUUUUGGAUACAGCAGGACAAGAAGAUUAUGCAGCUAUUCGAGACAACUAUUUCCGUAGCGGAGAGGGUUUUCUCCUCGUUUUCUCCAUAACUGAGCAUGAAUCCUUCACAGCAACAGUAGAGUUUAGGGAGCAGAUCCUGCGUGUGAAAGCUGAGGAGGACAAAAUACCUUUACUUGUAGUGGGAAACAAAUCUGACUUGGAGGACCGUCGACAAGUGCCUGUGGAAGCUGCUAGAAGUAAAGCAGAGGAGUGGGGUGUACAGUAUGUAGAGACUUCAGCAAAAACCAGGGCAAAUGUAGAUAAGGUAUUCUUUGAUCUGAUGAGAGAGAUUAAAGCCAAGAAGAUGUCAGAAAACAAAAACAAAGACAAGAAUGGCAAGCCAAGCAGAAAGAACUCUGGUUUUAAAGGGAGAUGUUGCUUAUUGUGACCUUUAGGAACUAUACAUGUAGGCUGUGGAACUAACAAGACAUUUACUACUAAAGGUAGAGGACUGGAUUUAUGAAAGGAAAGCUGGAUCCAAUAAGUUUUCCCAAUCAUGCAAUAGCAUUUUUGAAAAUGCAAAAUUUGGCUUAAGAAUUGGUUAGAGGUCGUCAAAUCCCUAUAUACUGAAAUGGAUGAUUCUUGAAAGCAACUAUCGGGGCUAAAAAAAUUUGCCAGCACAUGUUGUUUGGGCCAUCUGCUCUUGACCUGAUAGUGGCAUGGUCACUCUGAAAUCUCCUGAUAUUGCUCCUAAAGUUGACACUCCCUCUACAAAGUGGCUAGUUCUUGUUCAAGUUCAACCAAAGUUUUCUGCCUUUCCUACCUGGCUUCAGUUUUGGUGCUUCUAUGAAGGUCUAGGCCUUUAGCCAUUGUUUUAAAAAGGGAAAAUUAAACACAUUGAGAUGUCUGAAAUUUGCACACAACUAUAUAAAGAUUCUGUCAAAUCACUAUUUUUGCCAACAGACUGGAUGGAUGCUAUCAGGAUUUUAUCAUUCAAAAGCAAGGACCCAACAGUGUGUGUGUUUCUGAAUCAUCGCUGCAGUAUUCUUGAAUUGAGCCUGUAAUCUGUAUUCUGUCAAGUUUAAGUUCCAGCUUGUUCUCCAUUUUUAGUUCAACACUUUAUUGGGGUAAACAAAUUUAGACUAGGUAUUUUUUUUAUUUGGUGGUGUUCCUAGUUUAUCACAUUGAGUGUGACUCCAAUCUACCUGCCAAAUAAUAGACUUCUUUUCCAAAUCUUGCAAAUUCUGUUUCUGGCAUUACAGUAUUUUGUAUUCAUGUACUGGAGCUGUAGAAAUUGCUAUAUUCUUCCUCUGUAUACUUCUUAAAAAUGAGGGCCCAUACUGUCAGAUCUAGUGAGUUUGAGUCAAUCUCAUUUAAAAUGGAAGGGUGAUUUGUCUAUUAAGAGGACAGUACACCUUUAACUUUCUGUACGCUUUCAAGUCAAAUGAAUUUUAAUUAUGCAAAUGUAAGGGUUUUGUCCAGGAAGUAUUUCUGGUGGAUUGUGUCAGUGUUUCCUCUCUGUCAUGAGCUACUGCUGUUGUGUAUCAUAAUGUCAAGAUUUGAAGAUGCAUUCCUGAACACUUGCUACAAUUUUGCUGGAAGUUUUGAGGACGACAGAAUUAAAAUAAUGAAGGUGGGCAGUCUUUUCAUGUAUUUAUAAUGUAUCCUUCUUUUAAAAAGACAUUUGAGUUAAUUAUGUGUAGUUGCCAAAAAGCCUGACCCUUAUUGCUGUUGCACAGGUUGUACUAAUUCUGCUGCUGAAUUUUUAUACAGUUACGCAAUGAAUCCUGGAAAAAUGGUCUGUAUUAUAAAGGCAGCGAAAUAUACGCUCUAAAAAGUAGCCUUCUUUGGUUUUGUCACUCCUUUUAUUAAUGGUUUGGGUGAAAAGGGGUUAUGAAGGUAUGCAGUUGCAUUUUUGCAAUAGUUAUGACACACUAAAUCAACAGAGGAAAUGUUGUGUUCUUGUGGUGGUGCAUAGACUAGAUGACCUCUGCUGAUUGUUCCACAAAAUAAAUCCAGAUUUGUGUCCUUUAGGAGCUCAUGCAAGGAAGUUCCAUCCUUUGAAAACUUUACUUUCUCCUCUCAGUAGGCAGCAGGAUAUUCAGUGUUGCAUUAGGCUCUGCCACCAGGGAUUAAGAAGGUAGAUCUAAAAGCUGCCUACCACUAGUUUGUAGUUGGUCUUCUUGCCUGUGAUGAGCAAGCAGGGGUGGGGGGCGGUACAAGUGAAGGCAGAAAAGAUUUCAGCCCCCACAUCCAAAGAAGCACUUACUACAAUAUUGGGCUGGCUGGAAAGGGCUUGGUAGACCACAAUCUAGGUAUGCACCAUGAAGAACUGUCAGGAAUACUUUUCCUCUCCCUGUUUCAAGACAGAAGCCAAAUGAGUUAUGGUUAAUCCAUUCCAUUAGAAUGGUUAUCCUCAAGUUCUCUUGUUCAUCUGAUUAGUUUGUUCACUUGAGCAAUCCAGAAAAACAUGCCAGAAUCUCAGAGGCCAUCCUAUCAUGGAGAUGAGGGUCUUUGAACUUGUAUUAGGUACGAGUGGUUUUCUGGGAUGUCUUUAUUUUUUACACUCCUGAAGAAAUGCCAGGGCAGCUUUGGACCUGAAGCAUGAACCAGUUCUUAGGGGAGGUUACCUUCAGAAUGGUUCUGUUGUGUUCCAUUCCAUACCAACUAACUUGAGCCAGCCAACCUUGCUAGCAUCUAUUAAUAAACCUCUGUGAAAUGCUGUAUCUUUUUUAAUGUGAUUCCCAGAGGUCCAGUAUUAUUAUUUAUUAACACAGUCAGACAGGUGUUAUUGACUGGUUUGUUUUAUCCAGACAUCGAGUCCUUCCCAAGGACCUGGGAUGCCAGAAUUUUAUUGUCAAUUGUUAUAGAUAUCGUCGCAGAAUAUAGGCUGUUCCCAGUAAAGCUGCUUUUUGUAAUUGGCUGAUGGUGAUUUCUGUGGCCCCUAUGGUGUUGAGGUGCUCUUCAAGGUCUUUUGGAACUGCACCCAGGGCACCAAUUACCACUGGGAUUAUUUUGGUCUUUUUCUGCCACAGCCUUUGCAUUUCCAUUUGUAGAUCUUUGUAUUUGGUGAUUUUUUCUAUUUCUUUUUCUUCUAUUCUGCUAUCCCCUGGUAUUGCUAUGUCGAUUAUUUUGACUUGUUUUUCUUUCUUAUCGACUACAGUUAUAUCUGGUGUAUUGUGUGGCAGAUGUUUGUCUGUUUGUAGUCGGAAGUCCCAUAAUAUUUUUACAUCUUCAUUUUCUACCACUUUUUCAAUGUUAUGGUCCCACCAAUUUUUGGCUACAGGUAGCUUGUAUUUUUUGCAGAUGUUCCAGUAUAUCAUCCCUGCUACCUUGUCAUGCCUUUGUUUGUAGUCAGUCUGUGCGAUCUUCUUACAACAGCUGAUUAGGUGGUCCACGGUUUCAUCUGCUUCUUUACAAAGGCGGCACUUGCUGUUUGUGGUUGAUUUUUUGACUUUUGCUCUUAUUGCAUUUGUUCUUAGUGCCUGUUCUUGUGCAGCCAGUAUUAAGCCCUCUGUUUCUUUCUUCAAGUAGCCAUUCUUAAGCCAUUGCCAGGUCUUGAUGAUGUCUGAUUUUCCACUUUCAUUGUGCAAAUAUUGACCAUGCAGGGGCUUAUUUCUCCAUUUUUCUGCUCGGUUCUUGACUUGUUCUUUCUUGUAGGCCUGCUUUGUUUCAUUGGUGUUGAAUAGUUUCUUGUUAUUGACCAUCUGAAGUGCAUCUUCUUCACUGUCCUUGAUAUAUUCUUCACGGCCUCUUUUCUCCUCCUCUACUGUUUGAUGGACUUGCAGCAUUCCUCUUCCACCUGAGCUGCGAGGGAGGUAUAGCCUAUCGACAUCACUGCGGGGGUGCAGAGCAUGAUUGAUGGUCAUGAUUUUCCUGGUCUUACGAUCUAGCGUCUCUAGCUCUGCCUGGGUCCAGUCUAUUAUUCCUGCAGUGUAUCUGAUAACAGGUAUAGCCCAGGUGUUUAUGGCUUGUAUGGUGUUCCCGCCAUUGAGUUUGGACUUGAGGAUUUUUCUAACUCUCCUGAUGUAUUCACUUCCAAUUUUUCUUUUAACUUCAGUGUGUGCGAUGUUAUCAGCCAGGAGAAUGCCCAAGUAUUUGUAAGGUUCUUUCUCUUCCAGGUUCUUGAUGUUGCUUCCAUUGGGCAGUUCUAUUCCUUCUGUUUUUGUUAUUUUCCCUCUGCUCAUUGUUAAUGCAGCACACUUGUCUAGUCCAAACUCCAUUGCUAUAUCGCUACUGAAUAUACGGACAGUGUUUAGCAGUGAUUCGAUUUCUGACUGGGACUUUCCAUACAACUUCAGAUCGUCCAUGUACAGCAGAUGGUUGAUUUGACUUGAUGUUUUAGAUGUUUGGAAUCCGAGGCCUGUUUUGUUUAGUAUUUGUGAAAGUGGGGUCAUGGCGAUUACAAACAACAGAGGGGAUAGUGAGUCCCCUUGGAAAAUGCCUCUUCUAAUGCUAACCUGUCCAAGUGUCUCGCCAUUGAUUGUAAACUGUGUACUCCACAUGCUCAUUGCUUUUUUUAAAUAAAUAUCUGAAUGUUUUUUCUGACACCAGUUGUUUCUAAACAGUUUAGUAUCCAUGUGUGAGGCAAUGAAUCAAAGGCUUUCUUGUAGUCAAUCCAUGCAACACUUAGAUUGGUUUUUCUUCUCUUGCAAUUUUCUAAAAUCAUUUUGUCAAUCAGCAGCUGGUCUUUUGUGCCUCUGGUGUUCGGGCAAUUUCCUUUCUGUUCAACUGGAAGCUGUUAGUUAAUAAGUGUUGCAUCACUUCAUCUGCUAUUAUUCCAGUUAAUAAUUUGAACAUGGUUGGCAGACAGGUUAUCAGUGUAUAAUUACUUGGAACUUCACCUUUUGCUGGGUCUUUCAUGAUGAGAUGAGUUUUCUCGUUGUUGUUGUUGUUUUGGUUUCUAUACCGCCCUUCCAAAGAUGCCUCAGGGCAGUUUACACAGAGAAAUAACAAAUAAGAUGGAUCCCUGUCCCCAAAGGGCUCACAAUCUAAAAAGAAACAUGAGAUACACACCAGCAACAGUCACUGGAGGUACUGUGCUGGGGGUGGAUAGGGCCAGUUACUCUCCCCCUGCUAAAUAAAGAGAAUCACCAUGUUAAAAUGUGCCUCUUUGCCAAGUUAUAUUUGGGAAACAUAUUGGGGAACAUUUUAUGGGAAAUGACCCCUUUUGAAAACACACCUGUGUAUCUCCAGUCUUGAAAGCACUGCACUGGCUGCCAGUCUGUUUCCAGGCACAAUUCAAAGUGCCUAAAUGGCUUGGGGCCCCAGAUACCUUUAAAGCUGUAAAUGGCUUGGGUCCUGGGUACCUUAGGGACUGUCUGCUCCCAAAUGAAUCUACCUACCUGGCUAGAUUGGCUGGUAAAUCUCUGUUCCACAUGCCAACACCUGCUGAGGCCCAUAUGUCAAGGGAUAGGGCCUUCUAAGUUGUUGCCCCUGCUGCAAAACUAUCUUGGUUGAGACCCACAUGACCUUUAGGAGGAAAGUGAAGACUGCCCUUCUUAUCCAGGCUUUUGGCCAAUAAACUGUCCUUUGCUCUGUAUUCAUUCUGUUUUUAUUUUUAUUUUAAAAAAUCUUGUUAACUAGCCUGGGGUCUUAGGAUGAAGGUUGGUAUAUAUUGGUGUGAGCCCCAUUUACAAGUAUGCAGAAACUUAUGUAAAUAUGCACAAAUGCAUAUUCAAUGAACAUAUGUGAAUAAGCACAAAUGUAAACUUCCCCACCUAAACUGUUACUAACUCUGAAGGGCUGAUGGUAACAGAGUGUAAAACAAAAUCAUUAUUUUGUAUUUGGUACGAAACACAGAUGGGAAGUCUCUUGUUGCUUUAACCAUGGAUGAAGGCUGCUAAUCCAGUUUAUAUGUAGGUUUCCUUUUUAAAUAAAUGGGGUUUGUGUGCCAAAAAAUGUAAUUUUGCAUACAAAGAGAAUGUAAUCCCUUACUGUACAAGAAAAACAUCUGGAAUUCUCCAUAUUAAAAGGUUUGCCCAGUCCCCUAUGUUAACAGGUCCUUAGAUAAGUUACAAAAAUGAUUGUUCUCCUUGGACAAUCUUUUUUUGUUGUUUUUAAAACCGAAACCCUUUAUCAUGACUGACACAUCAUAUGAAAGCCUUAAAAAAAAUUUUUUUUAACUUUGCCCCCGGUGCCCUCUUCACUCAGUUUCUAGAUGUGCUCCUAUAUCCCCAUCUUAACCUGAAAAGGCCUCUCUGUACUGCUCUAAUGUUGCAUAUAUACUGCUUCCACUCACUGCUUGAUGUACUUGCACCAGUGGCUUUGUUGGCCCUUUGCUGGGAAAGAAGACAGAGCUAGCGGAUCUUUCAAUCAGGCUUAUAGUUUCACGAGUUUUUGUUUUCGUCUUCCUGAUCUCAUGCUUGCAGAAACAGGAUUGUAAAGCCUAGUGCAAGUACAUAGUAAUGGAUUGUCUGGAUAAGCUCUGUCUGCUGGCUGGCAAAAUGCAUACAACUUAUUCUGAGUGCCAGGUCUGGAUUUUGUGUGUGUGUGUGUGUGUGUGUGUGUGUGUAGCCCUCAUUUGCAGUUCUGCCAAUUGAUUCGGUUUUGGGAUUAGAAGUAAAACUUAAGCUCUAUUAUGUUCAACACUUACACAGUCUCUCUACAGUGUACACAGAUACAGUUCACAUGUUAUGUUGAAUGCAGGUAGAGCAUUAUACUUCCUAUCACACAGGUCCCUGCAUUUGAAGGACCUGUACUGUGAUUCACUUUCAGAAUGUAUGCAAAUACAGCACUAGUACCCCUAGGACUACUUGAAGGGCUCCCAGGGGUACUCAGAACCAUCUUGCCUUUGCAUGCUACAGCUUUGCUAUUUGUUCACCAUCUGAAGAUCACCACCUUGAAGCUGAUAUGUCCACUGCAGAAGGGCAGGAAGGAGGGUGAAGUCCCUCCUCCUCGGUUCCUGGUUGUUUAGCUGGGGCCGAUCUUACCUAUGGGCAAAGUGGGCAGCAUUCACCUUAAACUUCUCAGUGAGCCAUGUUGUGUUUGCCUACUGCCCCCCGUGGUUGUUCCCUGGUGCUCUUGCCUGCAACCUGCUCUGCUUCAAGAGUUGUGAGGUGCGUGACAGUAGCACCAAUCUCAAAGAACAAAUGAAAAGUCCCACAUGUGUUAAAAUGUUGGUAAGGCAGGAGCCAAUAAGCAUUCUCAAUUUUGUUUUGCAAAGUGGAUGGCCCUAGGACCACCCUACAAAUCAUUCGGAGAGGGACUAGGCUAAUUGACUCCUCAGAAAGUGGGGAAGUCUUUUACUUUUAGCUCUUCUCUCAGGCCUGUUUUAAGGUCCUCCCUUCAGCUGUGUUGGAGGGCAGAUUUGAGGGAUCCCCUUGGAAGAACGUUUGUGCCCAUGUGGAGCUGCUGAAGUGGAAACACUAACACAUAUUUUGUUUAACUGCCCUUUCUAUGAUAUUGCCCAUUCCCUAUCAAAAGAAACAUUUGGAUAGGUCUGAGGAACACUUUAUUGUUUGUUUUUUAGGAGAUGGGCAUGAAGAAGUUACUCACAGGAUUGCUUGUUUUUGUUCGGAGACAUGUAAAAUAAGGUGUCUGCAAAGUGUUUUUUCAAUUUUUACUUAUGUUAUUGUAUUAUACUGUAUUGCUUUGCUGUAGUGUUUAUUUGGUCAUUGACCGUAAAUAAAUGAAUUUUUGCUUUUAGCUA